AUGGUUUCCUUUGAUGUCACGUCCCUUUUUACUUCUAUCCCGCAGGACCUGGCAGUCGAGACAAUCGAACUACUCCUACGAGAGAAGUACGACGAAACGGAGAACCGCCUCGGACACGCCCAAAUCAUCCAGCUCCUGAAGUUCUGUCUAAAGACGCACUUUAUAUCCGACGGAACAAUCUACGAGCAGGUGAAGGGCACGCCAAUGGGUUUGCCGAUUUCGGGACUCGUAGCCGAGGCAGUCCUUCAACGGCUGGAGUCGCUGGUUUUCCGACACCACAGACCGAAAUUCUGGGCUCGGUAUGUGGAUGACACCUUCGUCGUCAUCGAACGGGAUCAGGUGCUGACUUUCAAAGAACAACUCAAGGCUGUCUUCCCGGACAUUCAAUUUACGAUGGAGGAGGAGGAAAACAAUCAGCUGGUCUUCCUGGAUGUCCUCGUCUGUCGCAAAGAUUGUGGUGGCCUAAAAACCAAAGUGUUCAGGAAAGCGACAAAUACGACGCAAAUACUGAACUUCAAUAGCAACCACCCGAUCAGUCACAAACGCAUUUGCGUAAGGGCGCUAUACCGGCGCGUUGAGACGCACUGCAGUGAAAUGGAAAACAAGGUUGCUGAAUUACAAUAUCUUCGACGGGUAAUGAGAGCCAAUGACAACCCGCGCAGCUUUGUCAACCAGUGCAUACAAAAAGGACACCAGAGACCAAAUCCAACUAGCCCCAAAUUUUGGCGGGCUCUUCCGUACGUGAAGAUCGUCUCGGAAGCCGUCAGUCGUCUUCUCACUCCACUUGGAGUUGGGGUUGCACAGAGGCCGGAAGCAACCAUUAGGCGCCAAGUAAUGAGGCCAAAAGACCCGCUGCCACGGCAGGAAACGUCUGGAGUCGUUAACCGGAUCUGGUGUAGUUGCGGACAAAGCAAUUAUGUCGGAGAAACUGGGAGAUUACUCCGUACGCGACUUGCCGAGCACGCAGCAGCAGUGAGGCGGGGAGACGCUAACUCUCAGGUGGCGGCACACUCGACGGGACCCGGCCAUACUUUCAAAUUUCAAGAGGCCGAAAUCCUCGCAAGGGGUGACAACCGCGUGAGCCGCGAGCUGCUCGAGUCAUGGUUCUCAGGCCCGCAAUCCAUCAACAAACACAAUGACCUCCCGGUGGCCUAUUCCGUAUUGCGAUUUUCCCUGGGCAGGAGAAUCAGUCACGUGGGGAGGGCGCGGGUGAGCAAUUAUCACGGUGACAGUGAGCCAGUUUGCCGAGCAAUCGUCACACCAGCAUCGAGCACAGAUGACGAAAUCGCGGCAAUUAACAACUCGGACUCGGACCGCCAAGCCACCGCCGCAUCAAUUACGACCCCAGCGGCCAUUGUGAGAACUGUUAAUUGCAGUGCGCAUACGGUCCCACGGCAGCCACGUGCUAUAAAUACUGCACUCCUGGUGCCACCUUCACCUCUAUCUGCGAAUGUCUCUGAUGAUGGAUUCGAGUGA